UUCAACAUGGCGGCGGAGGGUUUGGAAAUGUACACGGAUGGAAAAGAUGAUAUUCUGAAUAACGCUUAAGUUGUUUAUUCGGGGUUUGCAGCGUCCUGUCCGUUUGUGUUGUAACUAAACGAUAUGGUGAAAACAGAAGACGUAUCUAACAUGGAGGACGGCUGGAGAGAAGUGUUUGAAAGAAGCCGGUUGCUUCCUCCACCCAGCCAGACAGUCCGCCUGGCGGUGGACAGCCACUUCAACCAGUCCUACGGGUUCCAGCUCAGCCUGAACCGGGUCACUGCAGCUCACCUCCCGCAGGCGAUGUCCAUGGGGGAGCAAGAUGUAAACUUCCAGCUUCGAGUGACCCUGUUUGAUAGAAAUCACCAGCAAUUCUUUGGGAAAACAUGGAAGAGUUCAGCCCAGAAGAUGAAAAACAACAAGAUCUCCUUCAAUCAGGUCCUUUACUUCCAUACGUCUUUGCUGCUGCCCAGCUCGCUGCUGGUUCUGGAGCUGGUGUCAUUGGCAUUCAGGCCAGACGGCUCCCUUCAGGCUCAGGGACGAGGCUUCUCUGUCCUGGAGCUUUUCAGUGACAGGCCGGAGGCUCCGACCGCUGAUGGGGACAGAAGGUUGAAUCUACACCACGGAUCGCCGAGAGGCCUGGUCCACCCCUUGCUGAAGGAUGCUGUUGACUACACCAGACUCUUGAAGGUUAUUGAUGGAGCACAUUUAGACUGUGUGGUGAAAAACCAUCCUGCAUUGGUUUCUGUGAUGCACCUCCUUCCAGAGAAUGUCCUUGUAUCUGGAGAUGAGAACAUCCCCGGGCUUGCAGCUUCUCCAACAGGAGAUGCUCUGCUGAGGCCUCAGCUGCUCAAGAUGCUGCCCUUCACUCUGAACAGACUGACCGUCUCCCUCCAGCCGUCCCUGGAGAAGUUUGAGAGCCAGCUGCUGCACCUGAUCAAUGCUGACUGCCAUAACACGAAACAGCCAGGACCAGAGGGCACACUAAGGUCAGUUGUCAUCCAGGAAAGGAGGCUUCACGUCGGCGUCCACAAUGGCUGGUGUUUUCUCGACAAGCCCCAAGUGGUGGUACUAGAACCCCUGGCCUCAGGGGUCAGGGGACGAGCAGACAGCACCUCCAAACAAAACACCCUGGUCAAGGACAGGUCGGCAACAUCACCCCUUCCUCAGACGCUGGGUCUUCGCAGCAGUCUGGAGCUCAGGCUGACCAAUCAUCAGGCCUUGGCGAUCAUCUUCCAGCUAGAGUAUGUCUUCUCUGCUCCAAUAGGACGGGAGACUAUGCUGUCUGCUACUUCCACUUCCCGAGCUGCCUUCUUGCAGUGCCUCCGUUGGGGAAUUUGGCUUCCCUUCCAGGAACAGGCUGACUGGAAGGGGGAAGAGAUACAGCUUGUUCUGCAAGGAGGUGCAAAACCAAACCCGCACGGAGUCAUGGUCUACAGCACAGAGGAGUCUGCCAGAACUCAGAGCCCCUCGCCAAUCUCCGCUCCAGGCACAGCGCAGGAGCUCUCACAAACCAAGGAUAAGAUAACAUUUUGGCUGUCGUCCAGCCUGGAAAGGAAGGCCCCCAGCCCAAAGGCAUCUCUGAGGGCGAAGCAGGAAGAUGGGUCACGUCUGAGAAGAUCCCCUUCAUCACCUUCACCAGGUCAAAAGCGUGUUCCACCAGCUUCUCCUCCAGAUUCUCCUCAAGGCCCCGGGCUCUCGCUGUCUCAGCUGGCAGCUUCUUCACGCUACCCGACCAUCAGCCACUCCAGCUCGGCGUUGCCGUGGCAACAGUCAUUUCCUUCCCUGCUCCAUCCUUCCCCGUUGGCAUCGGCCCACCAGCUGUCACAUGUCGCCCAUUCGGCUGUCAGCAACAUUGCCCACCUGGAGAUGGACCUUCAGCGGGAAGGGGACAAGUCACCUUCAAUGCAGGAUGAAGGAGACCAACUUAAGGAGCUGCCCUUCACCCCUGUCCAUGCCCCUGUCAUCACUCUGGGGAUGAAUGUGCCGAGCUCCUGCUCGGUCAGCUCCAGGAGUUCUUUGGCCCACCUCUUCUCCGCUGGUUUUCCUGACAUUGUGGACACAAGUGGGCAGGUAGCAGAAGUCCUGGACCCCACAGAACCCAUUCCCUUUGAUCCCCAGCGGGAAGAAAUUGACGUCCUAAAGGGAAACCUGCUCGUAUUCCAGUUUCUGGCAUUUACCAGAAUACCGGUGCCGGGUGUUGAUCCUGAUUGGCCUGACAACAUCUACGUCACCUUCCAGUUCUAUCGCUUUCCACCAGUCACGUCGCAGCAGCUGACGCUACUCACCAGUGACAAGGCUCAGCACAAAGCUAGUGAUCCACUUCCCUGUGUCCUGGCCUCCAUCAACAAAGACGGCACUGUCAACAAAGGCUCUCCAGGUCUGCAGGUGCAGUUCAGAGUGGAUGACAGUUUCCUGAGGCCAGGAGAGAAGCGCUGGUUCCAUCGCUACCUGGCCCUCCAUACCAUGCACAUCGAUGUCUGGGACAGUGACUCAUUGCUCCUCAUUGGUUCUACUGCCAUAGAGCUCAAGUACAUGCUGCGUCAGGGUAAAUCAGCAGUACAGGCCCUUCAUGAGGUGGAGGUACUGACCACUGACUACGUGGGUGAGGACACCUUACUUACGGGCACAGAUCUGGGUCGACGCUCAACCUCCAGCCCCAUGACAGUUCAUACCCUGGUCAGAGGACGGCUCCACAUACGCACAGGCAACAUAGGGUGCCCAGUUGAUCCUAGCAGGAGGAGGGCAUCAGACCUCAUGUCUUCUCAUUCCCACAUCAUCAGACCUCGUGAGGUCACCUGUGGCUUCAGAGGAGGAAGCCUGUCCUCAAGAAACAUCUACUCCCUCAAUGCGAGGAACACUGCACAAGCACACAGACUGGAGAUAGAUGGGGAUCAGAAGCCAUUGUUCAGAAGCGGGAUCAGAGCCGACUCCAUCGUACCUGAAGAGCGCAACCUGAAAGAACCCGACAGCGGGCGCCGGAAGCUCCUCUGCAUGGCUGCCGUGCAUCAGCGGGAGGGCAGGGAAGAUGCUAAAGCUGCUAAGGCUAUGGAUUGGACUAAGGAGGACAAGCUGCACAGAGAACUUCAUCACUUCAAACCCAGUGAGGAGCAUACUACGGUGGAAGGAAUCGCCAACAUGCUGAGCCAGGCCAUCACCACCCAGCACCUGCUCUAUGCCAGCCUGGGCUCUGCUGAAUACAUGGAGUUUGUCCUUAAAAAUCCCUUCAAUGUACCACAGACCGUCACCAUUCACAGCGAUGACCCUGAGCUCAGUGUCAUCACUAACACAGAGGAGUGGCGUUACUUCAAAGAACUAACCAAAACUCCUACCCCGCUGGAGGAGAACAUGUUCCACUUGGAGGCGGGUGUCCCUGGUCCCAGGGUUUAUCUCCGGCCCAAAGAGAGCAUCCAUAUUCCCCUGAAAUACCAGAGUUUCCUCUGUGACCACACCAUGGCCCUCCAGGGACCGAGCUUCUUGCCUACAGGGAAAGGUUCUCAGGUGGCCAAGAAGAACUUGUCCAAUAUUAUCUCUGCCAAAACUAUCAAGGUAACAUUCAAAGCAGAGGAUGGCAAGCCGAUGGCCAUCUGCCAAGUGAAUGUGGAGCCGACGCCUCACGUUGUUGACCAGACUUUCCGACUUUACCACCCCGAGCUCUGUUUCCUUAAGAAGGCCAUCCGCCUGCCCCCGUGGCACGACCCCACAGGUUGUGCAGUUGAAGAUUCAGAUUGGAAGAGUAACAUUUCCGUCCGCUGCAGUGAUCCUAACAUCAUAUGCCAGACAAGAAUGUUGGUGCCAGGGGAGCCUCAGGAUGUGUACUUGAAAGUGCCAGGGAGUCCCAGUCCACACAUGAAGAUGUUCUUUGUGAUGGUUUUCACUGAUAAGUGGAUGGCAGCGCCCUCGCAGGUCUGGCAGAUUUACGUGCAUUUCCUGGAGCGGGUGGACGUCAGCUGUGUGACUGGUCAGCGGAGCUGUCAGUCACUAGUUCUGAGGGGGAGGCAGGCUGUUCGGAAGGUCAAAUGUUUCUCAUCACAUCCCAGGGAGAUUGAGGUGGACCCAGCGGGUGUGUUUGUUUUGCCUCCAGCAGCAGUGCAGGAGCUCCAGCUGAAGGUUCAGCCGUGGCAGACUGGCAGCCGCUUCCUGUAUGUGAACGCCGUGGAUGUGGAGCAUCGACGGCUUGUCACGGCCUGGCUGCUCUGUCUCAACGUCCACCGUCCAGUGCUGUCCAAGGCAUUUGAAGUGUCUGUCCCAGUUGGCGGCGGGCGUGGCAGCUCCAGGAAAAUCACUUACACCAACCCUUACACCAGCAGCCGAGCAUUCCUGCUCCGCUCUGACCAUCCAGACCUGCUCCAGUUCAAAGAGGAGAAAUUCCAGAUUGGUGGGGGAGAGAGUUACACCAUUGGAUUGCGAUUUGCCCCCAGCCAGAGUUCCGGCUCAGCAGAGAUCCUGGUCUACGUGAACAACCUGGAGGAGAAGACGGAGGAGACGUUCUGUGUCAAAGUCAACUAUUCUUAAGCUGUUUCCAGCAGCAGGUAGACGAUUCUGCUUGAAAUUGCUGUUCUGGUUUCUCAGCAUAGUGAAUGUAAUUUUGUAUCAGAUCAAUAUUUAAAAAAUAAAAAAAGCUUUUUUAUCACA